AUGGCCUCUACUACGGACCCUGCCGCUCCCAACUACUCCAGUCCCUCGGCACACAAGGAAGACUCGCCCGACACUGCUGCUCGUCCUUCGCUCUCCUCUGUCGACAACCAGUCCGGAACACGCAGGACCAGCUUCAACUUUCUGCGCAGAGCCAGCGGAAAGAGCUCUUCAGAGACUCGUGGUAGCAGCGCCAGCAGGAGCACCUCGGGAGCAAAAAUGAGCCGCAAGCAAAAGGCCCUCGCCCAGGAAGAGGCUUUGCGCAGGCAGCGCGAGGCCAGUAUGCUCCCCACCCAGCCGCCCCGCCUGCCCUCGCACUCGGCCCUGCCCCAGAUUGCCACGUUUGGCGGCGAGGAUACCUACCGUCCAGACUCGGUCGCCAUUGUCUCCAACAAAGUCGGCGCCUACAACCCCAAUGCCUUCAACUUCAGCCGGCCCUCGAUUGAUCCUUCCAAAGUGGCUCGCCAGCCCAACAUGCCGACCGGCCCUUCGCCUCCAUUGCCCGCCGACGUUGAUCCAUACCCCAGGACUGAGAGCAUGACCAACCGCGGCCGUUACAGCUAUGCCAGUACUCAGGCCACCAACGUCAACAGCCCUCGCCGUGUGCGCAGGAGGAAGGAUCCCACGCCAUUCAACAUCCUUGUUAUUGGCACAAAGGGCUCCGGCAAGUCCGCCUUCAUCGAGUUUCUGCGCACCGCCCUCGCGCUUCCCGCUAGUAAGCGACCGCGCACCCCGUCUCCGCCUGCGACUGCCGUUGGCGGUGAUGAUUCACCCUUCACCUCGCAGUUUCUCGAGACCGAAGUCGACGGCGAGAGAGUGGGCGUCACCCUCUGGGACUCCGAGGGCCUCGAAAAGAACAUUGUUGACUUCCAACUGCCUCUGAUCACCACCUUUCUCGAGUCCAAGUUUGAGGACACAUUCAGUGAAGAGCAAAAGGUUGUCCGUUCCCCGGGAGCAAAGGAUACGCAUAUCCACUGCGUCUUUCUCUUGUUGGAUCCCAUCCGUUUGGACCAGAACAUUGCCGAAGCCCGCAAGAAUGCCAACAUCGUCAAUGCCGGCAGUGCCAUUUUUGGAGGCUUGGACGAGAAUCUGGAUCUCAAUGUGCUCCGCGAGCUCCAAACAAGGACCACCGUGAUUCCAGUCAUUAGCAAGGCAGAUACUAUUACUGGCGCCCACAUGCGCUAUCUCAAGAAGACGGUGUGGGACACAAUCAAGCGAUCCAAGUUGGACCCGCUCGAGGCUUUGAACCUCGAAUUGGGCGACGACGAGGAUGACGAGGAUGACCGACUCGACGAGCGCGACGAGGAUGAGUACGAGCACUCGUCUGACGGCGAACAGAAAUCUGAGAUGCUCAACAAGAUUCUCGAACGAUCUUCUUCCGAAGCUGCGCGCUCAGUUGUUUCGUCUGCGUCGUCUACAAAAUCCCAAUCGCCUUCGGCGUCGGCGCCAAAUGGUAGCAGGAACCACAGCCGCAAGCCGUCUGCCAUGGCUGCAUCGAUCCACAGCGAAAACAGCGAAACGCCUUUCCUGCCUCUCAGCAUCAUUUCACCGGAUCCUUACGACCCCGAGGUUGUUGGCCGUAGGUUUCCGUGGGGUUUCGCCGAUCCCUACAACCCAGAGCAUUGCGAUUUCGUCAAGCUCAGGGAAAGCGUCUUCAGCGAUUGGCGUUCUGAGCUCCGUGAAGCCAGCCGCGAGCAGUGGUAUGAGAGCUGGAGGACAACACGACUCGAAAAGGGCACGCGUCGCGUCGCUACUGCAGAUGGACCCACAUCGAGACAGCUCUCAGUGCCUGCUACCAAUGGUCGCGCAGUGAGCGCAGAAGGCCGCGAGUAUCGCCCAUAUCGACCCGGUGCCUUUUAA